CCGGACAAAAUGGUAGACAAAAAGUAAGACAAUCGAAAAAAUAUCCAGUAAAACAACAUUUUAUCGCUGAUUUUGGAUCCAUAAUGAUCUUAAAUCGAUAUAGUAUUAUACAUAGGAAUAUGAUGCGUAGUUUCACAUGUUUUUUAUUCGUAACUUAUCUAAGUUGGCCUGUGAAAUUUACAGCUGCGGCAUCACAGGUGCGAUUUGGAAAUGGCGAAACAAAACUUGCUAUCAACACCAACAGCACAAUAAAUAUAUAUUUUAGUGAACCAUUGAAUAAGACAGCCACACUUUACUUCACUUACCAAAUAGGAGAUACUGCAGACUCAGCAUCUUAUAGAGAUGAUGACAAGAUUAUAAAACCUUUAGAUAAUAUCACAGUUGUCCCCAAAAUCACACACAUCCAAGUGACCAUACAGGGUUGCAAUGCUGGCCAUGUCAUACUUGGACUCAACUCAUCUAGUGAGGAAAUUGAAAGAAUUGGAGAUACAUUCACCAAGGUGACAGUUGUACACAGUAUCAUCUUGAUCACUGUCAAUGCAGUUAUAGGGUGGAUCUACUUUGCCGCAUGGUCCAUUUCAUUCUACCCCCAAGUCUAUCUUAAUUGGAGCAGGAAAAGUGUUGUUGGCUUAAACUUUGACUUCUUGGCCUACAACUUGACUGGAUUUCUUGCCUAUGGAUUCUUUAAUGUUGGAAUGUUUUGGAUCCCACUGGUCAAGGGUCAAUAUCACAGUGAACAUCCCAGAGGGGUGAAUCCUGUACAACUGAAUGAUGUUGUGUUCACACUCCAUGCAGUAUUUGUAACCAUCAUUACAAUUCUACAAUGUCUCAUAUAUGAGAGAGCAGGUCAAAAAAUGUCGAAAAUCUCCAUUGUGCUGGUAUCAGGCUCCUGGCUGUUUGCUUUCAUAGCUCUCUUUGUGACGAUAUUCCACAAGAUCACAUGGCUACAAUACCUCUACUACUUCUCCUAUAUUAAACUAGGGGUCACUCUCAUAAAGUACAUACCUCAGGCUUAUAUGAACUUCAGACGCAAGAGUACAGAGGGCUGGAGUAUUGGCAAUGUUUUGCUAGACUUUACAGGGGGUUCUCUCAGCUUGCUUCAGAUGUUCCUUAUCUCAUACAAUAACAAUGACUGGAGUUCCAUAUUUGGUGAUCCAACAAAAUUUGGACUUGGAUUUUUCUCCAUAUUGUUUGACAUUCUGUUUAUGAUUCAACACUAUUGCCUCUACAGAGGGGCUACACCCUACAGUCCUAUAAAUGGCAAGAUGAUUGCUCCAGAUGGUGAGGAGAAAGAUGUGUUAUAUACAUGAAUGUGGACUAUUAUAAGUGUCAGGUUAUACUCUUUCUCAUACAGAUUCAAAACUAAACAGAAACUACUGUUUUAAAGGGUGACACAUAUCGUUUAGUGAUUCAGACACUCUUUUCUGGUGUUGCUCACUGUUUAGUAUAAAAGGCCCAAUCCCGGAAUAAUA